GGCGCGGUCUUUGCGUCUGGCUUCUGCCAGGCCUUGGGUUGGGGGCUUCAUCUCUCUGCUUAGUCGGUUCUGGGAGUCCUCAGUGAUUUGGCCACAGCCUCAGCCUCCGUUGCUCUGUGACCUGCGGGUAUUGGAUGAUUUGUAGCUAAGACUCCCGGAUACCCCUGAAGUGGGGAAAUGGAACUCUUAACAUUCAGGGAUGUGGCCAUAGAAUUCUCUCCAGAAGAGUGGAAAUGCCUGGACCCUGCCCAGCAGAAUUUGUAUAGAGAUGUGAUGUUGGAGAACUACAGGAACCUGGUCUCCGUGGGUGUUGCUAUCUCUAACCCAGACCUGGUCACCUGCCUGGAACAAAGAAAAGAGCCCUACAAUGUGAAGAUACGUAAGAUCGUAGCCAGACCCCCAGCUGUGUGUUCUCAUUUCACCCAAGACCGUUGGCCAGUGCAGGGCAUAGAAGAUUCAUUCCACAGUCUUAUACUGAGAAGAUAUGAGAAAUGUAGACAUGAGAAUUUACAAUUAAGAAAAGGCUGUAAAAGUUUGAAUGACUGUAAGUUGCAGAAAGGAGGUUACAAUGAAUUUAAUGAAUGCUUGUCAACUACCCAGAACAAAAUAUUUCAGUGUAAAGCAAACAUCAAAGUUGUUAGUAAAUUUUCAAAAUCAAACAAACGUAAGACAAGACAUACUGGAGAGAAACAAUUUAAAUGCAAAGAAUGUGGCAAAUCUUUUACUAAGUUUUCACACCUAACUCAACAUAAGAUAAUUCAUGCUGGAGAGAAACCCUACACAUGUGAAGAAUGUGGCAAAGCCUUUAAAUGGUCUUUAAUAUUUAAUGAACAUAAGAGAAUUCAUACUGGAGAGAAACCUUUUACUUGUGAAGAAUGUGGCAGCAUCUUUACCACAUCCUCACACUUUGCUAAGCAUAAAAUAAUUCAUACUGGAGAAAAACCCUAUAAAUGUGAAGAAUGUGGCAAAGCCUUUAAUAGGUUCACAACCCUUACUAAACAUAAGAGAGUUCAUGCUGGGGAGAAACCCAUCACGUGUGAAGAAUGCAGGAAAAUCUUUACCUCAUCUUCAAACUUUGCCAAACAUAAGAGAAUUCAUACUGGAGAGAAACCCUACAAAUGUGAAGAAUGUGGCAAAGCCUUUAAUAGGUCCACAACCCUUACUAAACAUAAGAGAAUUCAUACUGGAGAGAAACCCUACACUUGUGAAGAAUGUGGCAAAUCCUUUAGACAGUCCUCAAAACUGAAUGAACAUAAGAAAGUUCAUACUGGAGAGAAGCCCUACAAAUGUGAUGAAUGUGGCAAAGCCUUUGGACGGUCCAGGGUCCUGAAUGAACAUAAAAAAAUUCAUACUGGAGAGAAACCCUACAAAUGUGAAGAAUGUGGCAAAGCCUUUAAACGGUCCACAGAUCGGAGUCAACAUAAGAAAAUUCAUAGCACAGCUAAACCCUACAAAUGCAAGGAAUGUGACAAAGCCUUUAAACAGUUCUCACUCCUGAGUCAACAUAAGAAAAUUCAUACUGUAGAUAAACCCUACAAAUGUAAAGAUUGUGACAAAGCCUUUAAACGGUUCUCACACCUGAAUAAACAUAAGAAAAUUCAUACCUGAGAGAAAUCCUACCCAUGUGACAAACUUUUGGAUGGUCCACAAACCUGAAUGAACAUGAGAAAAUUUAUACUGGAGAGAAACCCUGGAAAUGUGAAGAACAUGGCAAAGUUCUUUACCUCAUUCUCAAAACUUGCUAAACAUAAGAGAAUUCAUACCAGAGAGAAACUGUACAAAUGUGAAGAAUGUGGCAAAGCCUGUGGAUGGUCCACAAACCUGAAUUGAGCAGAAGAAAAUUAUUACUGGAGAUAAACCCUGCAAAUGUAAAGAAUGUGACAAAACCUUUAAACAGUCCUCACUGGUGAAUAAAUAUAAGAAAAAUCAUGCUGGAGGGAAGCUCUACACAUGUGGCAGAAUGUGGCAAAGCAUUUAAUUGGUCCUCAACGCUUAAUAAAUAUAAUUCAUACUGGAGAUGAACUUCACAUGUGAACAGUGUGAUAAAGCCUUUAAAUGGUCCUCAAUCCUUAAUGAACAUAAGCAAAUUCAUGCUGGAGCAAAAUGCUUGACAUGUGAAGAAUGUUGCACAGUCUUUACCACAUCCUCAAACUUUGUUAAACAUAAGAGAAUUUAUACCAGAGUGAAAUCCUACACAUGUAAAGAAUGUGGCAAAGCCUUUGAUAGGUUCUCAACCCUUACUGUACACCAGAGAAUUCAUUCUGGGGAAAACAUGCUAUAAAUGUGAAGAAUGUGGCAGAGCCUUCAGACCAUCCACAAACCUUUAUGAAAAUUCACAUUUGAGCAUAGAAGAUUCAUUCCACAAACUUAUCUUGAGAAGAUAUGAAAGAUGAAUAUAAGAAAAUUCAUACUAGAUAUAAAACCAUAGAAAUGUAAAUGAUGUGGCAAAACCUUUAAUCCAUACUCCAGGCUUCUUAAACAUAUGAGAACUCAUACUGGAGGAAAGUCUUACAAAUGUGAAGAAUGUGGCAGUCUUUAAAUCUUCCUCAAGUCUUUUCUAAUCAUAAGAUAAUUCACACUGGAGAGAAAAUGCAAACAUGAAAAGUGUGACAAAGCUUGUAACCACACCUCAAUCUAUUCUAAAUAUAAGAGAAAUGAUACUGGUGAGAAGCCAUAAAAAUAUGAAAAAUGUUGCAAAGCCUUCAAAUGCUUGUCAUAUCUUACUGUAUAUAUAUAAUUCCUAUUGAAUAAAUCCCCUGGAAAUACAAAAAAUGUGGCAAAACUUUUACCAAUGCUCAUCUUUUUGCACAUGAUAGCCUUUACACUCAAGAAAAGUUGUAGAAAUAUAAAAUAUAUAGAAAAGUUAUAUCUACUCACAUUUUACUAACUAGCAAAGUUCGUACAUAUUAAAAACAUUAUAAAUGUAA